CCGCUUGAAUCUCACUAUUGCUUCAUUUUUAGAUUGUUCAAGGUUUUUGGAAGUUUCGCUCUAGAUGUCAUAAGCUAAGAUGGCUGCGGCUACGGACGUGUGUCCGAUGAAGCCUGAACCGACCUUGUCGUUCACCCAAGGGCUCAUCGUCGGCCAAAUCUCCGUCGUACUCCUCCUAGCCGCAUUUAUAAAAUUCUUUAUAUUCGGAGAAGCUCCAUCGGCCGAAAUAACGGCCUCUAUGCGAGCUGCUGAACGUCGAUCCCGUACCCUCGCCCACCGACAAUCCAUUCUUACUCUACGAUCGACAACACCAACCGCGGCGAGGCCAUCCCUACCGCCAACGCUGAAUAAGAAGAAAUCGAGUAUACUCCGGAGCCCGCCUACGCUUACGAUAGGUUCCAUAUUAAACAAGACGUAUUACAACGUCGAUAGCCACCAACCUGAGUCGUUGGAUUGGUUUAAUGUCCUUAUCGCUCAAACAAUCGCCCAGUUCCGCAGCGAUGCCCAGCAGGACGACGCGAUACUUACCUCCCUCACCAAAGCCCUCAACGGCACCUCGCGCCCAAGCUUUCUUGACGAGAUCAAGGUCACCGAGUUGACUCUAGGCGAAGACUUUCCCAUCUUUAGUAAUUGCCGCAUCAUACCUGUAGACGAAGAUGGUUUAAGUUUAAACACGGGCCCCAACGGGGAGAAGCGUUUCGAUGCCAACAGUUCUCGGGCGAAGCGUGAAGGGUCGCGGCUGCAGGCCCGGAUGGAUGUCGAUCUCAGCGAUAUGAUUACACUGGCACUCGAGACCAAGAUCCUUCUCAACUACCCAAAGCGGCUGACAGCUGUAUUGCCUGUCGCUCUCGCCGUCAGCGUUGUGCGCUUUAGCGGCACCUUAAGCAUCUCUUUCAUUCCGUCAAACCCUUCGCAGUCAACUCCAACUAUGAUGGCAUUCAGCUUCCUCGACGACUACCGCCUUGAUUUCUCUGUGCGUAGCCUCGUAGGUAGCCGGUCGCGACUACAGGAUGUUCCUAAGAUUGCCCAGCUCGUCGAGUCCCGCUUACACCGCUGGUUCGACGAGCGUGCAGUCGAGCCCCGCUUCCAGGAGAUUGCGUUACCUAGCCUCUGGCCGCGCAAAAAGAACACGCGUGGCGGUGACGACCCUCUAGAGGGAGUCUCGACGGCAUCAAGCAGCAUGAGCAAGGGCAAGGGCCGUGAAGCUGCUAAGGAUGUCAGAGAGGAAGCCUUUAAGGAAGUUCAGGCCGAGGCCGCGGCAGGGCAGAGACGUGAGCUGAGCCCACCUGAUAAUCUAAGAUACCGACGAGCUAGAGGUCGGGACGAUGCCUCUAGUACGGGGGGAUUUAGCAUGCCGGGAAGUUUACCAGGAAUGACACUUGAUCUACCAACUUGAGCCCAGUUAAUCUUGCUGUCACGGUUAUAAAAUCGACAACAUAGUUGAGAUAUCGUACCGAACAUCAGGGCUCCACGUAAACGACACUGGGCCAUGAGCUCGUGAGAGGAUGAGGCGACAGUGCCCCACAACCAAGACAUUACGGUCAGAUUGCAGCUAUUCACUCCUUUGUCGCCUAGCAGGGCUGUCACCAAGUGCUGGGUAAACAUUUCCCUGCGUGACCACUAGGAGGGGCGAGGCGAGGAGGCCGCUCGAGUUAUGUAAGCUUUUAGGAAGCAUCUUGUAUGAUCUAUCCAUGUAUAAAAUGUAGAGAAUGCGGGUUCAAUCCCAUAAUAGCUAGUUAGCCAGUAGCACUAUAUAUAUCCCGUAAGCUACCCAAUAGGUAGCUAUACGUGCUGUGUUAGAUUGGUCGUUGCCAGAUAGAGAGGCAAUAAUAUCACAAUGUAUACCAAAUAUAAUAUAUCUGAAGAUACAC